CCCAGCAGCACGCAUGAUUAUGUCUUGGACAUGGCUGAGUCCGGUUGCCGUGGAAUACGAGCAUAGUUGCACAAAAUCGCCGCUGGAGGAUGAUUUUUUUUGUCGAAAGUAUUUAAGGUAGUUCGGAGGAGUCCGGCCCUCCGAUUGAGGCCUCCACCGUUAUUCCUUAUCGUUCAUUCAUCGGCGAGACACAAUAUGUCCCAACAACAGGUUUACAAUCAUCCUCCCAACAACGGUUUCUAUGCAGAUCCGGCGUCCGUUCCAACCCAAAAGGUCGCGGAUCACCAUCUGGAGUCUCCCGUGGCCGUAGUCCAGGAUACUGGCAAGCAACAACCUGGCUCGACCCAAAGCGAUAUUCCAUGGCCGCGUGUGGCCAUUUUCAUCAGUCUUUUCUUGACUACCAUCUUUUCGAUCGUUGGCACCGCGCUUGGCGAUUGGGUGAACGGCCGGUACCGGACACUCCCCGCCAAGAUUGGGCUCUAUGACUUUUGUAUUGCAGGGCAAUGCAUUAAAGUGGCAGACGUUUGUUCCGGGAAUAGUUCUGACUCGUUUUGCGCAAAGCUACUGGGAGCCGAAAUUCUCAUGCCCCUUGCGGUGAUCGCCAGCUUCGCAGCCAUGGUGCUAUACGGGUUUUACUGGAAAACAUCUCGCCGAGUUUUUGCUCAAAUCUGCAUAGUGUCUGGACUCACCACCGUGAUCUUUGAACUUAUUUCGAUCAUCCUGCUUGGGUUGUUCAAACAAGAUAUGGCUGAUUCAAGUAUUGACGGUGUCACCUUUUCAAAACUGGCUCUUGGAGCUGGUUUUGGACUUACGAUUAUGAGCACCAUUCUGGCCCUGUUGUCGAUCGUCUUUAUCUACGUUACAGCCUUUAAAGGAUUAUAUUGAUGCAUCUAGGCACGGAGAAGCGUUAGGUAGCAGCGAUCUAUCUAUGAGAUUUUUAGAACACAUGGGCCUCAAAAUGUAAAUGGAUAAUGUGACUAUGGGUGACAGUUUGAUAAUAAGUUGAUAACAAUUUACGGAGUGAAAACUGGCGGUGAUGCUGAACAGCUAUAUCAUGAUGUCCGUCACUGAUUCUUGAAGUACCUAGUGAUUAG